AUGAUUUGCCUUCCAAGCACUAUGGAUGGAUGGCUCAGAGUUGUCCCACAACCCAUUCUUCACUCACCUCCCCUGAAUUCUACUGUUUGUCCAUCCCCUUGCUUAUAUCCCCAUCUGUCUAUCAAGGAUGUGAGAACUCACCAUCACCGCCACAUUGCAUUCCUUGUCAUCCUGUCUCAUAGCAUCAUUCAUCUCCUCUCCAACAUCAUCUCCAGCCAUAAAAAAGGAAAGAAGAUGCCACCAUUUUGCACCACAGUUUGCAAAUGGCCUACAGAAGAGUUGGUGCCUUUUGGUGCUGCACAAUGCCACAGCUGUGAUGGGGUUGUGGCUGCUAGCUGGAAUGGAGGCAGGAAUGGGCCUCGGUUGCUGGUGGUCGAGAUCUUUUCAGGCUGA